AUGACUUUUGUUACAGCAUGGAAAAAGCCAUGGUUCUUGCCAAAUGGUGGGUUUAAGAUAGAUUUCAUUGGGGAAGAAGCCAUAGAUGGUGGACGUCCGAGGAGAGAAUUCUUCACAGGUAUAAAGUAAAUCUUAUUUUAUUUAUUCUUGAGAUUUACCUUAUGAAUGCAUUGGUAAAUUAUUGAGAAUGUUAGUUGAAAAAUUUAACAAAAAAUGCAAUUGUGUACAAAAUUCUCAAACUUGAAACUUCUCUUUCUGUUAGACAUUUUUUACUUGAUUUGACAAUUCUUACGAUGGUGACUUCUAAUUAUCAUAAAGAUCUCAUAAAUUGUAAACUAUUAAGGGAGUGGUCAUUAUUUAUGGGGGGGGUUGGGAAAUGGGGAAAAUAAGGAUUGAAAACUUUUUUGACCCCCCCCUAUUUAUAAGGGUAAAACGUCGUUUGCCCCCCCCCCUUCCCAUUUCCCAACCCCCCUCCCCAUAAAUAAUGACCACUCCCUAAAUAUAGAACUCAAAAAAUUUUAGGUUAUUGCUUGACUCAUAUUUACUAAUACUAGAAAAUAGAAUAAUAGUGGAAAAUAGAAUUAUUACUAGAAUAUAAUUAAUAUAAUAAUUACAGUAAUAUAAUACAACAAUUAUUUUUCUCUCAGAUAUAUUGGAUGAGAUUGAAUUGCGUUUGUUUAUUAAUGAAACAGAUGGAUGUGGUAAAUCACCACAUGAGAAUAUAAUUGCUGUUUCAAAUGGGCAUUUCCGUGUGGCUGGGGAGUUGAUGGCUGCUUCAAUUGUCCAAGGUGGGCCAGCACCAGAUUUCAUGGCUCCAUGGGUGUAUGACUACAUAUCAGCUGGGAUCAAGGGUGUGACAGUCGAUCAAGAGAAAGUGGUAGCCCAGCAAUCCAAGGAGCUAAUUUAACAGGGUAGGAUAUUGUAAAUAACUUUAGUCAACAGAGCAGUGCAUUGUGAGAAAUAUCCCAAAUGCAUAACAAAACAAGUCACCAGUCCAUUUGGGAAUGGGAAAGUAGAAAACUCAUACAUAUUAUGUAUAUUCACAUAUACUAUGUCUGUGUGAUAUAGUACAUGUCACAAGUAGAUUAUAUAGUUAUAUAGCAUUAUCUGGUUAAAUACUCUAAUAUCUAUUUAUGAAUAGCUUCAAGAGGUGAAUUCAGAUAAGGCAUUGCAAGAUUUACUGAUGGAAGAAGAUGUACUAGAGCAGCUGGGGAAUAUAGGCUAUCGUGGUGUGCCCCAUCGUGAAACUCUCAAAAACAGGUCAUCUUUAAUAAGGUACAUGUUGUAACAAAUAACAGGUCAUCGACCCGUUCACGAUGACGUCAUUGUACUACAACUACCAGAAUUGUAUCACUUAUUGAGUAACAACCUUGAAAAACUUAUACAAUUGACACAAACGUGUAUCAACUGUGCUUGAGUACAACAACAAUUCAUGUCGUUUGGCUGUUGCUUUAGUGUAAGGGCCCAAAUGAGCGCCUUGAUAGACAAGUUUUAUUUGUCAAGGACAUCUAUUUUUGUACACUCGUCUGCAAUUACACGAACCCGAAAGUAAUCUUAGUCGACAUAUGGUUACAUUUCAAAUGUACAUGUACACUUGCUGUUACAUUUAUGCACGUUUGUAGGUCCAGCCCAUAUUUUGAGUACUUGAUAUCACACAGAUCCGAAUAUUAAUGCCAAUACUCUGUGCAAGAGGAAGCUUUGUACACACAUUUUAGUAGUCAAAAAUGCUUACAGUAAUUUGAUCUCAAAUUUCGCUUUUUAUUCUUAUAAAAAAUAUGGAUUAUGGGCAGAACCUAUAACCUACAAACAGCGAGAAAAGUCAAGUGUAUGCUCUGAAACCGACCCUGUAGACUAACACAACCGGACAUACAUAAAUUAGUAUAUGAGAGGUGAUCGUCGUGCUUGUUAUUUCUCAUUAUUUAUCUCUACUUACAUUGUAAAAUAGAUCGACGUGUAUAUAUUUUUGUUCUGUAUAUUUGUUUCCUGUAGAUCACUGUGCAUUAAAUCUUACCUGGUACCGAAAAUUCCAAUGCUCGACCAGUUAUGCGAAGGGUUACAAACACUUGGGGUACUGGAACUUGCUAGGAAGAACCAAACUCAAAUGAAGCCUAUCUUUUACUCCAAUUGGCAACAGUUUAAUUACAAGUGA